CUCCUAGCUUACAGGGACCAGAUAGAUAUGUGUACAAAAUGUAUCAGCCUAACUCCCAGCUUACUGGGACCAGGUAGAUAUGUCCAUCAGCCUCACUCCCAGCUUACUGGGACCAGGUGGGCCUAGAAGUAUGUUGGAAAGUAGUGGACAUGGUGGUCUCAUAGGACAAAAUGCAAUAAACAUGCCGCCGUUUCCUCGGCCCGCUGCCUACUCCGCUCUACCUGGCGGCUUUAGUGGGUUUGGUGGCCUUGGUAAGAAGUCUCUGUCACCCUUUCGAGCUCCAUUUAGCAGUGGUCGAGAUGUAACUGGUGUGCCGGGUAUGACCCCUCCACCCCAUGAUUGGGGGAAUCGACUUCACCGGACACCCCCAUCAUUUCCUACUCCCUGGCCAAAACAAAUGGAGGACAGAGAAAAAGAGGAACGAGAACGAGAAAAGGAACGUGAUUUAGAGCGAGAACGAGAAAAGGAACGAGAGAAGCGUGAAUAUAUUGGCCUAGAUAGGAGACGAGAGGACGAGAGGGAAAGAGAGAGGCGCAGCAAUGAGCGAGACAGACUACCGAUCAACUGCCUAACAGACAGAAGCCGUGACAGGGAUAAAAUUUUCCCUGCGGAACCUAUCCGACCAGCAAGGUCCAGGUCACGUUCAAGGUCACCGCUCCAAAAUGGACGUGUGGGCUCUGCAAAAUCAGACAGUAGCUUUGAACGUAGAUAUGAUGAGCGAGGUGGUUUAAAAAUUAAGGAGGAAAGAAGGGAUGAGGAUAUACUUCAUGGAGAAAGAGACAAAAUAAGGAAUGAGUAUAUGUUGGGACCAUCAAUGCCAAACCACACUAAUCCAUUGGCAAUGUUUGAUCGCAGUCGUUUGUUUAUGGGUGCAUCCCCAUUCCUGGCUGCUGAUCGUGUGCCCUCACACCCAGCAUUGUGGCAGUAUGAAAAAAAUGCUUUGGAGUUUAAUCACCAUCGCUUGCAGCUACAACAGGAUAUGGAACGUGAACGCGAGAGACUUAUCCAUCGCAUUCCUUCACAUGCGUCCUCUUUAGAGAUGGAGCAGGAACGCAUACGCAAGGAGGAGCUUCUUUUCCAGGAUGAACGAUUCCGUCGAGACUACCUCUCAAGUAUGCCCAUGUAUGAACGUGAACGCCUAGCAGCAUAUGAACAGCAGUCGCGGUUGGCUGGUUUACGGACAGCAGAACUAGGAGCAGCUUCUCACUUUAAUAGGACUCUGAGUCCAAUGGUUAACCAUGUUGGGGCACGGACUACUUUAAGCCCCAUGGUGAACCACCUCGGUGCCAGAACAAUGAGUCCAAUGUUGAAUCAUGUGGGUGUUAAGGGGAGUUCUCCAGCGUGUGCUCCACCUCCCCUUAUCCCAUCGUCUAGUGCUGCUUCACAUAGUCACUCCAACUCCCCAGCUGUGGCCAAGUCCAAGGGUCACCAUGGCGACCCUGGCCUAGGGGAUAAACGGGAUACAUACUCCAAUUCCACAGACCCUGAAUCCCACAGUAGGUAGUGAGAUUCAGAUGACAUAAGCAUACUUGUGAUUAUAGUUAUAAUAGGCAGCUCAGCUAAAGGACGAAGAAUCUGGCCUUUUGGCCAGUGCCAAGAUUCCUGCUAGGAAUCGGAUCUACUUCAGACAUGGUAGUCAAACCGUCGACUGGUUGGAAGUGCAAACACAGUGUUGGAAAACAGUGCUAAAAUAACCAAGAUUAAACGUGACCAUGUAUCAUUUGGUACCAUAGGAGUUAUUUGUUUUUGAGACACUGAAGAUAUAUCUCAAAAGAUUGUUGUUUUCUGUGUUAUGAGAAAGUGAUGGGAUUUUACAAAGUUUCCAUGGAUUAUGAUUAGGAUAUGGAAUAUUCAGUUUGAAAAAAUGAAAUAUUUUUGAAAUAUUGAAAAAUAAACAUUCCUUCGCUUACAAGUGAAAAAAAGUGUAUUAAUGGAUUAAAUAAAAUGUUUCCGACAGUGUGCAGGAUUGAUAACGCAAGUGUCACAGAUUGUGGGUAGUGACGUGUUUCAGUUCUAGCUUGAAAGGUUUACUCUGCAGAGGGAUGUUCUGUACAAGGAUUAAGUGGCAAGAAGACGCUUGUCACUAAGAAGUUCACUACUUCCUAGGGGUAGUCUGUCUCUAUCACACUUGUGGGUGUAUAAGGGUUACUGUGAGGGUCUCUGUCACACUUGUGGGUGAAUAAGGGUUACUGUGAGGGUCUCUGUCACACUUGUGGGUCAAUAAGGGUUACUUUGAGGGUCUCUGUCACACUUGUGGGUGAAUAAGGGUUACUGUGAGGGUCUCUGUCACACUCGUGGGUGAAUAAGGGGUAGUCUGUCUCUGUCACACUUGUGGAUGAAUAAGGGGUACUUUGAGGGUCUCUGUCACACUUGUGGGUGAAUAAGGGGUAGUCUUUCUCGGUCACACUCGGGGUGAAUAAGGGUUACUGUGAGGGUCUCUGUCACACUUGUGUGUCAAUAAGGGGUACUUUGAGGGUCUCUGUCACACUUGUGUGUCAAUAAGGGGUACUUUGAGGGUCUCUGUCACACUUGUGGGUGAAUAAGGGCUACUGUGAGGGUCUCUGUCACACUCUGGUGAAUAAGGCUACUGUGAGGGUCUCUGUCACACUCAUGGGUCAAUAAGGGCUACUUUGAGGGCCUCUGUCACACACGUGGAACAAUAAGGGGUACUGUGAGGGUCUCUGUCACACUUGUGGGUGAAUAAGGGGUAGAGGGUCUCCGGUCUCUGUCACACUCGGGGUGACUAAGGGGUAGUUUGUCACUGCAAAGUGAGGUACUCUGUCACACUCGUGAGUCAAUAAGGGGUACUUUGAGGGUCUCUGUCACACUCUUGGGUCAAUAAGGGGUACUUUGAGGGUCUCUGUCACACUCGUGGGUCAAUAAGGGGUACUUUGAGGGUCUCCGUCAUACUCAGGGUGAAGGUUGGCCAAACCCAAAGUGUAAUUUCAUUACCAAGGGGGAAGGGUGUCCUAUCACAUCCAAAUCAGGUGAUUGUCACACCCUGAGAUAAUUUUUCUUUACCCCAAUUGGAGAUCUAGCAUAUCUAACCAGAAUGGUUCCAAAAAGUGUUCUUUUUCAAACCUAUUUUCCAGGUAAAGUCUUUUGCCUUUCCCUUGAAGGCUAUAUCAUGGAUGCAUGUGAAGAGUCAAUGUGAAGAGUCAUGUGUAAUGAAUAUAGUAUGCAUGAUGUAUUUGUUGAAUAGUUAAAAGACUUGUAUGAAUGUGAUAUAUAUCCAGAUGUUAAAAACUUGUUUGAAUGUGUUUAUAAGUGCUUUCAUUUGAGAGAAAACUAUUGCUGUGUUAUGUGUGCUCAAAGCUUUAAUCUUCUCAGGUGUUUUCUUCUCUUAUUAUAAAAUACACUUUCUAGAAAUAUGUUGCAUUCCAAAUUUCUGUUGUUUUAAAUUGCAAGGACAUCACAUACCUUAGAAUUUGUGGCCUUGUUUGACCUUUGACCUUAUUGUGUUGAUGGACUGCCAUUACCAAUAUUUUUUUCUUUUUGUUACUUAUCUAAUUGACAAUGUAAUUAUCAAUUUGAAAUCACUUUUUUCACACAGACAGCCGAGUGUAAUGUGCUGUAACUAAUAGCAUUCAAAAGUUCCACAACGAGUUACUGUUGGAUAUCACAAUUUAAUAAAUUUUCCAAAUUGAAACAGAUUACUAGUUUUAGUAACAUUUAUUUAAUUCGACAAUUAAGUCGAACAUACAUUGAAGUGUCUUCCUUGCACAUUACCACAGUAUCGGGCGGUUUAUCAUUGUCAAUUCAUCCUCCAAAAUCAGCUUUCUUCUAACAAUUAUUCAGUUUAUUACAGUUUCUGUUGUUUACAACCUGUAACAGAAAGUAAAGGACAUUUAUCAUGAUUUUAUAAAUUAACAACUGUUUCUUUAAAAUUGAAAAUUCCUAAAAAUGGCAGCUAUACACACUUAGCCCGGUUUGAUAUGUUCGAGCGAGGGAUGAUGGGUAAUAUUUUCAUGUAUUGAGCAAGGGAUGAUGGGUAAUAUUUACAUGUGUAAGCAGGAAGUGGAUGUUGUUUAGAACAAUCGAAGAGGAGAGAUAUCAAUAUCCAAAUAUUGUCAAUUCUGAGGAUGGGCUUAUUACUGUAUGUAAAACAUAGCACUGUGAAAGUUUCAUUUUGGGUAUAUUCUGUACUGUGAUAUUAUGUUUUUGAAUUACUGUAUGUACCUCUCUUAUAUAGAGAUCUGAGGUGCCUGGUUUGAUGCUCAGUACCUAUAUAUCAGUUUAUGUUUCUAGAGAAGCUGAGAAAUGGACUGGUCUGUGCUGUCAUUAGUUGUGUCCUUGAGCAAGACACAUGAUCGUAAUUACUCUGGAUGGCAUGUAACAGGCCUUCCUUAUGUUGUUAAGUGAGGUAGUCACCUACUACUACAAGAAGAUCUGCCUCCAAAUGACCCUGUUUGUUCAUGGGGCAAUAAACCAGAGCAAACAAACAAAAACCUCUUGUAUGGUACAGAAUUACUGUAUAAUGAUACUAUAAUAUUGGUAGGGUGUUACUAUAUGACGAUACUUUUUGGUAGGUUUGAUAUGAUGCAGUUACUAGAUAUGGGACAUUGAUAGAGAAUGAUUAUGAAAAAAAA